AUGAGGGUUCAUGGAUGGAGAGAGGAAUUGUAUUAUGUCGUGUCGCGCGUCAAGAUUGGUACGGCAGUAGUGGUAUUCCCAAUGAGUGCGCCGCCCUUCAUUCGGCAGGCUUGGUGUUCGACCCUACAGGCCGCCCUGUCUGUGCAGGGUCCACGACGUGUGGCCAGAGCGCGUAUAUGCCUCCGCACCGCGCACUGCGGUGGGGGGUUUAUGUGCGGAUUCGUCCCAUCACCAAAGAGAUGGUGGUGGUUCGUGAUCAACACAGCCCCCACGAACUUUUUUAUCAUGGACGCGUUGCAGCCAUUUGUCGACCAGACGCGGUCCUUCGUCAAAACAUCUCCGUGGUGGAUUUCCAGCCUUGUCGCUCUGGGGUCAUUUGGCGCUGCUCGGCUUGCUUACCAGACUCUUUCUGUCUUCCUGCAAACAUUCAUUCUCUCCGGGACAAGUCUCCGAAAGUUUGGGGCAAAGAAAGGCGCUUGGGCCGUGGUGACCGGCGCGUCGGACGGCAUUGGGAAGGAGUUCGCGACCCAGCUCGCAGGACGGGGAUUUAAUGUGCUUCUCGUUGCGAGGAAUGCAGCGGUACUGUCGACUGUGGGCCAAGAAAUAGAGAGCAAAUAUCCUGGCACCCAAACAGCCAUACAUACCAUCGACUUUGCCAAGGCAGACGAAGCCGCAUACGAAGCCUUUGCGCGUCAGGUCGCUGCGCUCGAUGUCGGGGUUCUCGUGAAUAAUGUCGGCAAGUCGCACGCAUACCCCGCCUAUUUGGUCGACACGCCUCUCGACGAGAUGCGCGAUAUUGUGCAGAUCAAUGUCAACGCUACACUGCGAGUAACCUAUUCGGUCCUCCCAGGCAUGAUCAAACAGAAGCGCGGACUCAUCCUCAACAUCGGUUCAUUCGCCGGCUCCGUUCCAUCUCCAAUGCUCGCUACUUAUUCUGGCACCAAGGCCUUCCUCUCGACCUUUACCAGUGCGCUCGCAGAAGAGGUCCGUCAGCACAAAAUCGUCGUCGAGCACGUCAACACCCACUUUGUCGUUUCUAAGCUGUCUAAAAUCCGGCACUCAUCUCUGCUGGUCCCGACCCCCAAAUCCUAUGUCCGCUCGGUUCUAACCAAAAUCGGACUGGCUUGUGGGGCAGCCUACAGUGGCCGCCCCGAAACCAGCACCCCAUACUGGUCCCACGCACUGCUCGACUGGCUUAUCAACGCGGUCGGCAUGCCCUGGGUGUUUAUUUUGUACACCCACAAUUUACACAAAGACAUCCGUAGACGGGCUCUCAAAAAGCUCGCCAAGACUCAGUAG